ACAAAGAUCUCGACAUCUUCCCCACUCUCGCAAAAUGUUUCUUGCAUAAAUCCCAAGAGAAUAUAGAGGAAAAUGUUUCUUAACAUAAUUUAUGUUAAACCGAAUUAUUCCGUCUUGGCUGGCUCUGUAUUCUAUUGAAAGCUUACGUAGUUUUACUAGACCUCUGAUGAUAGCUCACACAAGAAUACGCAAAACGGUAUAUUAGCGCAGUCAAUAGUCUGUUGAAUUGUUUUACAGAGUCAUCCACCGCGGUGAAACGCUACGGAAAUGAGGAAGAAACAGAAUGUAAAACAGAGGAAGACAGAAGAGACUACAGUCGUACAAGAGUUUGUGGUGGAGAAAAUCAUCCACAGGAGAGUCACUGAUGGAAAAGUGGAGUACUACUUGAAGUGGAAAGGCUUCACAGAUGCUGAUAAUACUUGGGAGCCUGAGGACAAUUUGGACUGUCCUGAGCUGAUUGAGGAGUUCCUGAAAAGCUUCACCUUUGAAGGGGAUAUUGAGGAGGACCUGUCACCCACAGAUACACAUGGGCACCCUGAAAAUCCUACUGAGAUCAGCACCGUACACAUGAGCUACACUGACCACCCUGUUUCUGCUGAGCUGUCUGGAAGUGAGCAGCAGGAGAGCAAGGUGCCGGAUCCAGGCGAGCGAGAGGCAGGGAGCCCCGCUGGCCUCCUCAGCCAGCUGGAGCCUGAACGCAUCAUUGGGUCCACAGACAGGCAGGGGGAGCUCAUGUUCCUGGUCAAAUGGAAAGGCACCGAGGAGGUGGCCUUGUUGUCAGCCCGGGAAGCCAGUGCCAGGUGGCCUCAGGUGGUCAUCACCUUCUAUGAAGAGAAGCUGACCUGGCACUGUGGCGAUGACGAUCAGCAGUGAGGAGACGGCUCAGAGAAAGAGAGAGAGAAAGACAAAGCACAGUUACAGUGCAUGGAGGGAGACACUAUACUCCCAUUAAAGGCAGCUUUUAGGAUGUCCCUCUCAGUAUCCUCAUUUUCAAUAUCCUUUCAGCUGUUUGUUGUUCUAUAAAUUAUAGAACCCUCCAUAACAGUGUGACUGAAAAGUAGCGUCACCCUUGUGUGUAGUAACAUUGACACUGUUUUUUAUGUACGAUAGAGGGAUGGAUAAAAACAAAGAAAUGAAAAGAUACCAGUCAUUCUCAGUGGUCACAGGCCUAAAGGGAAAGCAUCCUAAACUUGUUUUUUUAUGAUAAUGUUGUGUCUAGUGUUUCCUAACAGUUGAGACUUUAAGUUUCAUGUUUUAUCUCAGUUUUUUUUAUAAAGGACUACUGAUGGACUUGAACACUAGGUACAACAUGGCCCUUACAACUUGUGUCUGUGUAAAGGUCAAGCUGUACAAUAGUGUGGAUUACAGGCCCUCAUGUUUUAUGUUGGGAAUGUGGUCACUCAACAGGUCUACCAUGUCUCAUUGCUUUGUUUUAAUAUCUGAAACAGAUGUAACAUUUGCUUUGGUUGCCACAACCUGAGACAAUGCAGACUGCUUCAAAUAUUUUUGAAACAUGCUAUGGUAAAACAUGCUGGAGUGCUUCAAUCACUCUAACACCAUUGUUUGUUGUUCUCGGUGUAACUGCAGUACAUGUUUAUGUUCAAGUGACUUCCUUUCAUAGGUAAAGGUAAAAUACCAAAUAGAAUGUCAGUAAUGUCUUGUAUAUCCAAAAUGUGAUGUAUUGCCCCUGUCAAGGAUCUCGUAGAGUGCUUUAUUUAACUAGAGGUUCUAAUAAUUGCAUCAGGAUAUUCGGGUGUGGAAUCAUAUCUGUAGCACUGCUCAUAGAGCUAUGAAUAAAACAUGGACUUUUCUGACUGAUGGAUAAACAGCCGCCUAAGACGUUGUUCCUUAUCUGGGAAUAUGUCUGAAAAUAAACACUUCCUUAAAAUGUG